AUGCGUAAAGUGGCUGAAAAUCCUAAUGAAAAGGUUUCAGUUACUUUCAACGACUUUGGUGAUCAUGUUGGAUCUGGUUCAAUAACAUUAUCAUCUUUUCUUGGUGUCCUUGUGAGGGAACACGUCCCGGUUACAAUUUCUGAUUGGAGAAAAGUUGAUACAAUGACUAAACAAGAAAUGUGGGAAGAAAUUCAGGGGAGGUUUAACUUGCAAGAAAAAUGGCAGAGAGUUGUUAUUUUCAAGCAAAUGGGAAAUAUCUGGAGGGGUUGGAAGUCAAGGCUAUUGUCAGACGUACGUGCUGCGAAGACUGUUGCUCAGAGAAUAGAUUUAAAACCCAGCAACAUUCCAUCCAUUCAAGUGUGGAACUCUUGGGUUAGGAGCAAGACUAACGCAGCUUUCAUGGAAAUAAGUGACAAGUACAGGAAGAUGAGACAAAAUCAGAUUCCUCACACCACCAGCCGCAAAGGAAUGCUUCGUUUAGCUGAUGAUAUGAAAAAAAAGAGUAAAGACCCAAGUAAGGUGACUAGGAGUAAGGUAUCGAUUGCGGGACACACUCAUGCUGAUGGUAGACCUGUGAAGCCUCAAUUUGCCGAGACUAUUGAACAAAUACAAUCACUUGAUAGUGAAAUGGACUCUACAUCAGCUGCUGAUAACAUAAGGGAAGAUGCUGUGAGCAAGAUUUUGGGAAAAGACAAACCUGGACGAGUAAGGGGCUUUGGUAGAGGGAUUACGGCUACUAAGUUAGCAUUUCUGCAAUCUAGAGACGCAAAGAUGGCAGAAAUGAAAAGUGAGAUUGAAGAGUUAAAGGGCAUUGUCCGAGACUUAGCUGGAAAGAAGACAAGUAAUGGUGAUUCUGAAGCAUCUGAGAGUAUUGGUGGAUUCAAAGAAGGAGUUAGAGUAGAAAUAUUGGAUUGGAUUCAAUCAGGAGAUGUAGUUGUUGGUGAAGGGGAAUUCCGUUAUGCUGAACCGAUGUACAAAAUUGGUCGUAUACCAAUUGGUCCUAAUGCAAUGGCUGUCCUUGUUAAGUCUGCACUAAGCUCAGAAGCUUCUCUCUGGAGGCCUACAACAGAUGUGUUAUAUCUUGAGGAAGCUGUGGGAUGCAAAAUACCUUGGCCAAUGGACAAGGUGCUUUUGUAUAAGGAUCCAGUCGCUUCUGAAAAUGUAUCCAUGCAAAACAAGGAAGGUGAAACUCGAAGAUGCAAAAUAUAUGAUUGGACUAAUAAAGACGAUGAGGUUAUUGCUGAAGGUGUUGUGUGCUCAUCUAACUCCAAAGAGAAGGUUAACAAUAUACCUCUAGGUCCAAGUGCUGUUUGUAUUGAAGUUGUGAAGGUGUUCAAUGAUAAUGCUCAUUUGUGGAGGCCAACUACUGAUAGUAGUUUAAUUGGUGAUGCAAUUAACGAGAAAAUCGCAUGGCCAGUCCUAAAGAUUGACGUCACGGCUGCAACCACUACAGAUGCAACACUACCUAAAGCCCAGAGUCCAUGCAGCAAUAGUUCCACCAAAAGUCCAAAGCAGAAGUGUUUUCUUUUAGAUUGCAGCAACUCUGGCCGUAAGGUAGCUGAAGGAAGAGUAGUUUCAACAGAUCCGAACGACUUGUGCCAUCAUGUACCUCUAGGUCCAAAUGCAAGCAAGGUCUGGGUUGAAGUGGCUAAGAUUGGUAAUGCAAAGGUUUGGAGGCCAAAUUCAGAGAUUGAAUAA